AUGAACAUUUCAUCAAAUUUACAACAGGAAGAUGAAAAUAGUAAUGAAAGUAGUUGUGUAUUUUAUGAAAGAAAUGUAAGAGAAACAUCUAUUCCAUUUUUUAAUGAUGAAAAUACCUUAAUAAUACAAGAUUUAGACAGUUCAGAUUUAGGCAGAGGUUUUUAUGAAGCACAAUGUAAAUGGUGUAAUGAAAAAUGGUCAAGAGGAUAUCCUAAAGACAUGAAAAUUCAUUUAGCUAGAAAUUGUGAAUAUGUACCUGAUAAUAUAAAAGCUCUUUGGAGAGAAAACUUUUUAGAAGAAGUUUCUGGAUCUAAUAUUAAAUCAAAAAGUAUAAAACAACCAACUAUUACAUCUCAUUUUAAUAAUACUAAUCAAGCAACUUUAAAAGCAUGGGUAUGUUGUGGAUUUCCAUUUCACAAUUGA